UCCGGCCGCCUCCAUUUGACGCGAUCUCCCUCUCUCUCUCUCUCUCUCUACAAUUAUAUAUAUAUAUAUAUAUAUAUUCUCUGCAAAUUGUCAUCGUCUUCAUAGAUUUCUCCGGAUUAAGGAAGGAAGACCGAAGCGCGAUCAACUUACACCUUUUCACCGCUCAAGGGAUUGGAUUGAUUCCUUGAGCUGUGUUACGACGGAUAGUCUUAAUUCGAGCAGAUAUUGUCCUGUCUCUGAAUCUCGCCUCUCGAUCGAAUCGAUGGUAACUUGUAUGAUUUGAACUGAUCAUAUUAUCGUGCAAUUAAUUGAAUUCUCUGUUGUGAAAUUAAAAGUGGCAACUGAGAUUAUUCGGAUAUAUUAGUUACCGCUGCUUUCGUUUGAUCCAUCCAGAAGAUCUCUGUGAACUUUUUUUUGGGAUCUAAGUGUAAUUAAUUGCUUGCCAUCUGUAUUAUACACCAAUUACUUCUUCAACAAAGGAGGAGAAAGUAAAAUCAGAAGAAGAAGAAAGAUGAGUGAAUCAAAUCAGGAAACUCCCUUACUAACAACAACAACAACAACUCCUUCUUCUUCGUCCUCAAGGAAACUACCUGAUUUCAAGCAAUCUGUCAAGUUGAAAUAUGUGAAAUUAGGUUACCAUCACGUUAUCACCCAUGGAAUGUACUUGUUCUUAUCUCCUCUCAUGGUUGUCAUCGUAGCUCAACUUUCUACAUUCUCCUUCCAAGAUAUUUACACCCUCUGGGAUCAAUUACAAUACAAUCUCAUAUCAGUCAUCCUAUGCUCAACUCUUCUCGUCUUCGUCUCAACAGUUUACUUCCUCACUCGUCCAUCCCCAGUUUACCUUGUUAAUUUCUCCUGCUACAAGCCCGAUGAAGACAGAAAAUGCACCAGGCAGAUUUUCAUGGAGAGAUCGGCUUUGACAGGCACUUUCACCCAAGAAAACCUUCAGUUUCAGAAGAAGAUUCUGGAAAGGUCCGGUCUUGGCGAGUCAACUUAUCUACCCGAGGCUGUUCUAAGAGUUCCACCUAAUCCCUGUAUGUCUGAAGCCAGAAAGGAAGCUGAGGCUGUAAUGUUUGGUGCCAUUGACGAACUCUUGGAGAAAACUGGCGUCAAGACCAAGGAUAUUGGGAUUUUGAUUAUUAACUGUAGCUUAUUCAACCCGACCCCAUCUCUAACCGCGAUGGUGAUCAAUCACUAUAAACUAAGAGGGAAUAUUAUUAGCUACAAUCUUGGCGGAAUGGGGUGCAGUGCAGGUUUGAUCUCUAUUGAUCUAGCUAAGAAUCUCCUUCAAGUACAACCCAAUUCCUACGCUUUAGUCGUGAGCAUGGAGAACAUCACAUUGAAUUGGUAUUUCGGAAACGACAGAUCCAUGCUCGUCUCCAAUUGUUUGUUCAGAAUGGGAGGUGCGGCAAUCUUACUUUCUAACAAGUGGUCUGACAGAAGGCGAUCCAAGUACCAAUUGGUCCACACAGUAAGGACCCAUAAGGGUGCGGACGACAAGUGCUUUUCCUGCGUAUACCAAAUGGAGGAUUCGGAGGGAAAUAUAGGUGUCUCGCUUUCGAAAGAGUUAAUGGCGGUUGCUGGAGAUGCGCUGAAGACGAACAUUACAACUCUGGGUCCUCUUGUUUUGCCUAUGUCUGAACAGCUUCUCUUCUUUGGGACAUUGGUUGGGAGAAAAGUACUUAAGAUGAAGAUAAAACCGUAUAUACCUGAUUUCAAAUUGGCGUUUGAGCAUUUCUGUAUUCAUGCGGGUGGAAGGGCUGUGUUGGAUGAAAUAGAGAAGAAUUUGCAACUUUCUGAUUGGAAUAUGGAGCCUUCGAGGAUGACGCUGUAUAGAUUUGGGAAUACUUCGAGCAGUUCACUUUGGUAUGAGCUGGCGUAUACGGAAGCGAAGGGUCGAGUUAAGAAGGGAGAUAGGACUUGGCAGAUUGCGUUUGGAUCGGGGUUUAAGUGUAAUAGUGCGGUUUGGAAGGCUUUGAGAGCGAUUGAUCCGGCGAAGGAGAGGAAUCCGUGGAUGGAUGAGAUUGACCAGUUUCCUGUAGAAGUUCCGAAGGUGGCAACGAUCUAAUGAUAAUAAUAUUCAAUGUAAGUUAAAAUAUAUAUCUCGUAAUUUGUUAAGUCUUUUGUUGAUGACUUUUCUAAUUGGAGUAUGUAUUUUGUUUGUCUAACAUUCUCUUAUUCUUGUGACUAACUUAAAACUUCCAUGGUUUUGAUGUUCAUGCUCAUAUUUCAUGCA